AUUCUCUACUGUUAACUACGCAUUAGUUUAAAUGAUUAAAAAAUAAUUUUUUUAUCAAUUAGAAAUCAAUUUUUACGAGAAUAUUUGGAAUAUAAUAUCUUCAAAUGCGCCAAAUUGAUGUCAAGAAAUAUUUGCACCGCCAUUUUCCAACAAUGAAAACAGGCAUCACGAAAGUUCAUGAAAAAAAAAAAAAAAACACAACAAAAAGCCAAACCCAGAACGCGUAUGUUUUGCGAAAGCAGAUAUUAGUACACCUUAAGGAGCUUCCACCAACAGUGACAACUCAAAGCACACGCCCCAUAUCUGAUAUAGAGACAUCGUUCAAUGUUAAUCUACAUAUCGAAUAUUUUCCCAUUUACAAACAAAAUUCCAUAUCUAUAGACCUAUCCAACUUUUUUUGAAAAGGAAAUAAGGAUGGUUGUUGAUGAGGACAAAGCAGAGGGUGAAGGGAAAGUUUGGAGCCUUUGUAGAAUGCCAUUUUGGCAGACUUGUAGUAGCAAAGGCAAUGGAUCUUCUUCUGCUUCAUCUUCUUCUUCAUCAAUGGGCAACAACAAUAUUUAUCAGCAAAGCCAAAGUAGUCAGCUUGAUGAAAGAUCAACUUUGACUUCUUCAAUGGCAAAAUCUUUGCUUCCUACUCGAAGAAGACUCAGACUUGAUCCUUCCAACAAGUUAUAUUUUCCUUAUGAACCAGGUAAACAGGUCAGGAGUGCGAUUGGCAUUAAGAACACUAGCAAGUCUCCUGUAGCUUUCAAGUUCCAAACAACUGCACCAAAGAGUUGUUACAUGCGACCUCCGGGAAGUAUACUUGCUCCCAGUGAAAGUCUUAUUGCUACUGUAUUCAAGUUCGUGGAACCUCCGGAGAAUAAUGAGAAACCAAUUGACCAAAAUAGCAGGGUUAAGUUCAAGAUCAUGAGCUUAAAAGUGAAAGCAGAAACGGAUUAUGUCCCAGAACUGUUUGAUGAGCAAAAGGAUCAAGUUGCAGUUGAGCAAAUUCUACGUGUAGUUUUUCUGGACCCAGAACGCACUUGUCCUGCACUGGAAAAACUUAAACGUCAACUGGCUGAGGCUGAGGCUGAGGCUGCACUUGAAUCAAGCAAAAAGCCUCCAGAAGACAUAGGACCAUGUAUAGUUGAGGAAGGACUUGUUAUUGAUGAAUGGAAAGAACGGCGGGAAAGAUACCUAGCUAGGCAGCAGGUUGAAGGCGUUGAUUCUGCAUACAAGUGAAAUCUUUGUAUUGCUUUGGGCCUUGAACACUUCAUUCCAUGAGCUGACGUUUCUGUUCAAGUCUUUAUCAUUUGUUACUUGGAGGGGACUCCAAAAAGAGGAAAAAUGCAAGCAUGUGCGUAGCUGUUAAAUUUGAGCUGAAUUCCAUUCGAUUUGAGAUUUAAGUUAAUGAGGUUUUUAUUAGUAACAAAAUUGUUGAUUUUGGCUGAACGAAGUUAUAUUAUCCUUACGUGUUGUUCAUUAUGGUUUUUCCGAAUUACACUCAAGAAACUUGAAUGUUUCUGAUUUUAAAAGUCGUAUAAUUCAAAAAUCUUUGCUCUGUCCAUAUCUUUCUCUCAGCAGGUAAUUUUCAGCUUUAGAUGGUGCUGUCAACAGUAUGGAAAUAGAAAAAUAGAAAAGGUAAAGGAGCCAACCUACUGGACUGUUAAUAAUGAAAGAGAAAAAGGAGAACAAAUGCCGAAUCCUAUUGCUUAUUACUAAAUUGCCAACAUCAUAGGCCAAUUGCUCAAAUGAAAAA